AUGAUCAUCUACGAGGACAUCAUCUCCGGUGACGAGAUUCUCUCCGACACCUUCAAGAUCACUCCCUCCAAGGACUGCCCCAUCCUUUGGGAGACCGACUGCCGCAAGUACCUCAAGAAGAAGAACGAGGACUUCGAGCUCGCUGGUGCCAACCCCUCCGCUGAGGAGGCCGGUGAGGACGGUGGUGAUGAUGAGGCCGUCAUGGUCCACGAUAUCGAGGACCAGUUCCGCCUCGUCUGGCUCAAGACCGAGGAGGGCCUCAAGCCUUCCAAGGAGGCCUUCAAGUCUCACCUGAAGGGCUACCUCAAGAAGCUCCUCAAGAAGCUCGAGGAGACCGGUGCCAGCGCUGAGACCAUUGAUGAGUUCAAGAAGAACGCCCCCGCUGCUAUGAAGAAGAUCAUUGCCAACUACGACAACUACGAUGUCCUCAUGGGCUCCUCCAUGGACGGUGAUGCCAUGCACGUCCUGAUUGACUUCCGCGAGGACGGUGUCACCCCCUUCGCUACCGUCUGGAAGCACGGUUUCCGCGAGGUCAAGGUCUAA